AUGGGGAACGAUGCCAGCCUUAAUGACACAAGCAGCACGAACCGCACCAAUAACCAACUCCAAGAAGGUCUGAAGCAGAUAGACCAGACAUCACUUCCUGGGAAAUUCAAGGCAUGGUUAUACCAACAUGGAUUGUUACCAAGACUCAUGUGGCCUCUAAUGCUGUAUGAGAUAGCAGUUUCUACUGUGGAAGGCUUUGAAAGAACCAUCAGCAGAUACCUCCGUAGAUGGCUAGGGGUCCCACCAAGUUUCACCAGCAUCGGACUAUAUGGGAGGACCAACCAGCUCCAACUCCCAAUAUCAUCAGUUGUUGAGGAGUACAAAGUUGCCAAGGCCAGGAUGGUGGUGACACUGAAAGAAUCUUCUGAUGACCUGAUCAGGAUGGCAGGCAUAAAGACUAGAACCGGAAGGAAGUGGUCGGCAAGCCAGGCGGUGUCCCAAGCUGAAAGUAUACUGAGACACAAAGACAUCGUCGGAACUACUACGGAGGGCAGACAAGGGCUUGGUAUGAUAAAACCACAGCGAUGGAGUACGGCAGAUAAAAGGGAGAGGAGUCAGAUGGUGCAGAAGGAAAUCAGGGCGAGCGAAGAGGAGAGCAGAAGAGCCCGUUCAGUUGAAAUGGGUGGACAAUGUGCCUGGAACAAAUGGACAACAACGUCAGUUUACGACCUGCUGCCAUCCCCAACCAACCUCCACAGAUGGGGUCUAGUGGAAGACCCAAGUUGCAGUCUUUGUAAUAAGCCAGGCACCAUGGAACACAUCCUGUCAUCAUGUCAGACUUCGCUGACACAGGGCCGCUACAGAUGGAGACAUGAUGCUGUCCUUAGGGAGCUAGCAGAUGUACUUGAGCGCGAGAGAAGGAAGAAAAGAACAGCAAAGAAAACAGCAUCUACAAAGAUCAACUUUGUCAAGGCAGGGGAAACAACCACAAAGCAAGCUCCUAGAAACACGUCGAUCUUAGAUGAAACAGACCAAUGGGAGAUGAAAGUCGACUUAGGGAAGAAGUUGGUCUUUCCCGAUAUUGUCCAAACUACACUGAGGCCUGACAUAGUGAUAUGGUCCACCAAACACAAGAAGCUGGUGACCAUUGAACUCACCGUCCCAUGGGAAUCAAGGUGCGACAUGGCAUAUGAGCGGAAGAAAGCCAAAUACACUGAUCUCUUAGACCAGUUCAGUUCCCGCGGUUGGAAAACAUGGCUGUUCCCGAUCGAAAUUGGCGCCAGAGGCUUUCCCGCACAAUCACUGUGGAGGAUGCUAAGUGCCCUAGGAAUCAGGGGAGGAGAGAGAAAGAGGGCUGUUGGGAGACUAGGUCAAGCAGCAGAGAGAGCGUCCAGUUGGCUAUGGAUUAAGAGGGAGGAGAAGAGCUGGCAGCUAACCACUGACCCGUAG